CCUGACUGUCAAAAACAAUCGACAACCGCUUGUUUAUCAAAAUAUUUAUUGUAGAUGAUAUCAAUUUUACAUAACGCUUAAUGUUAGGUUUUUAAUUUAUAAGAAUCGAAAAGUUCUACACAAUGUCAAAGCCACCAUCACGAAGUGUUAUUAAAAUGAUAUUUACUAAUUUUUUCAACUCACUCAAACCACGUCAAUACAAAGGAAAUUAUGUAGGUGAGGAUUACUUUGGAAAUAAAUACUACGAAAUUCCGGCGAAUCCAUCCUUAGGCCAGCGUAGAAAUCAACGGUGGUUCGAGCCAACCGAGAAAGAAGCUUACGGUCAGGAAAUUACCGCCGAAUGGGAAGCUUGGUUGCGUGGUAGAAGAAAGCAACCACCAACAGUUGAAGAAUUGACGCAAAACCUAGCAAUCAUGAAAAUGAAGGAACGUAAUGCAGCUGACUUGGAGAAAAAGUACGGCAAGCCAAAGGACGCAGCAGAGCUGGAAAAACGAACAACCGGAAUUGGUUCCUUUCCCGAUUAUGAAGAGUACGAGAUUACGCCUGGGAAGGGCAAAAGGGAAAAAUAACUUCCUGGCGAAGACGAUUGAACUUUUCAAUAUUUAUUUGCUUGUUCUUUGCAAGAAGCGUGAAUGUAUUAUAUGUACAAUUAAAUUAGUAAACUAGAAUUAAAUUAUGAUUUGAAAAUCAA